UUCACAAUUUUUUCAUCAAAUUAGGGUUCUCUGCUCCCCUUUCAUGAAUAUCGUUAAUUCGAUUUCAGACAUGGCAAUCUCGUACGAUACGAAGACUCCAUUGGCAUUGUUGUGCUUUCAGCGAAGACUGAUGAAGACUGAAGACUGAAGGGCUUCACCUUUCCCGGCAAUUUCUACAUCUGGCUUUUUUUUUUCUUCUAGGGCUUGGUUCAAAAUUUCUCUCGAAUUUUCCCGGGAAAAUGGACGGAGAUUUGGAAAUCUCUCUGGACAAGCUUCCAAUCAAGCGCUUAGAAUCCAUUGAAGAAAACGGACUCGAACGAUUCUCUUCUGAUGUAGGUUAUGACGAGAAGCGAUUGAACCUAAUUCGACGAAUAGACUUCGCGUGGGCAGUGGAGAGAGAAGACCCCAACAAGAAGCAGAAGAAGACUUCGUCUUCGUCUUCGUCUUCGUCUUCGUCUUCUUCGAAAGAGGCCGCAACAACGACAUGGCCAUGGCAGAGCAUGGUCGAGAAUUUGCAGUUGGCUCAUCAAGAGCUGUCUGUCAUCAUCGAUCUCAUCAAUACCGUGGAAGCUAAUGAUGCAGUUACAGUGGCUGGCAUGACCAGGCCGAAGCAGUUACCUAAUGAACUAGUGUCCCAUUGGCAUUGUUGUGCUUUCAGCGAAGACUGA